AUGCAGCCUCUGUCACCAACCGAGAAACAUCGGAUUUGUCGCACCCUGUAUCGACUUGAGAUUUGGUGCAAUAUUUCCCCGAACAAGUCCAGUGGCAGCCAGGCCAGGCCAAUUUCACUAAUUUCGCACCCUUGGAGUGUGAACAGCUCGCCUGCGUCUACCAGGGCGGAAAUCCUGAGACUUGGAACCCGAAAAGCCCGUCGUCUGGCUUUGGAUAACUCGGCAUAUCAAGUCUGCCUUGGCCUAGGUCAUGUCAAGAAAAUAAUAGAUGCCCCGUUGCCUACAGUGCGGCAAUGGCCUGGUAUGAAGAUUGAGGAAGCCAGGGGCUGGUUUUUCAAUAAGUUCAUGAGACGGCACAUCCAAUCAUGGGACGUCAAGAAGGCAAGACAUCGCAUCGGUGGCGAGCAGGGCGAUUUGGAGUUUCUUCCCUCGUACCCUGACCCAGAUACUGGACCCGAUAAUGUUUGGCGUUGGGCUAAUACCGGCGAGAAACUGAUCAACGCCGUGAAUAAUCCUAACCGUCGAGUUCUGCGUAAAUGGGGGUAUGUGAUGUGGGCCCGACGGCGACUCAAUGCGAAAGGGCUCAUGGACGAACCCUGGGCGGGCUGA